ACACACAGAUCGAAACCCUAUUUAAAGAGCAACAUCCCCUGCACUGUCCUCACCAGCGCUUGCUCCAUCCAUCUCUCAGUAACAAGCAAGCAACUUACCAAGCAGAGUCUUCUUCCAAGAGAUCGAGAUCGAGAUCGGCAUGGCUCGCGCUCAGCUGGUGUUGAUCGCUCUCGUGGCGGCGCUGCUGAUCAUCGCGGCCCCGCACGCCAACGCGGCCAUCAGCUGCGGCCAGGUCAACUCCGCCAUCGGACCCUGCCUCGCCUACGCCCGCGGCACCGGCGCCGGCCCCUCGGCGGCAUGCUGCAGCGGCGUCAAGAGCCUCAGCUCCGCCGCGGGGACCCCCGCCGACAGGCGCACCGCAUGCAACUGCCUCAAGUCGGCCGCCGGGAGGGUCAGCGGGCUCAAGCCCGCCAACGCCGCCAGCAUCCCCUCCAAGUGUGGCGUCAGCGUCCCGUACACCAUCAGCACAUCCGUCGACUGCUCCAGGGUCAGCUGAACGACGACCCUGCAUGCAUGCAUGCAUAGCCGAUGCCGUUCGUCCGCUUUACAUAUCUAUAACUCUACACAAUAAAAUCUCUCCUCCGUCGUGUACGCUACCAUACGCUUGGUAGUGUCCGUACGUGCAUCUCAGAGAGGAGUCACACGUGUCUUCGUUAUGUUUUGUGCCUGCAGAGGUGUGUUUAUACCUCCUUUUGGUAUACUCCAUGUACCUCUUUUUUUUAUAUUCCAUGUGUGUUUGUUCGACGAUUUUCAA